UGGGAAUAAAUCCCUGGGAAUAAAUCCAUGGGAAUAAAUCCCUGGGAAUAAAUCCCUGGGAAUAAUCCCCUGGGAAUAAAUCCCUGGGAACAAACCCUGGGAAUAAAUCCAUGGGAAUAAAUCCAUGGGAAUAAAUCCCUGGGAAUAAAUCCAUGGGAAUAAAUCCCUGGGAAUAAAUCCAUGGGAAUAAACCCAUGGGAAUAAAUCCCUGGGAAUAAAUCCCUGGGAAUAAAUCUCCGGGAAUAAUCCCCUGGGAAUAAAACCUGGGAAUAAAUCCCUGGGAAUAAACCCUGGGAAUAAAAACUGUGGAUUUCUGAGCAGCUCCCCGGCUUCCCAGGAUUUGGGAAAAGAGCUCCAAACCCUCCAGGAUCGACAGGAGAAAAGCUGGAAGAGAAGGAAGGAAGAGCUUGGGAUGUGCUGGAUCCAAAGGGAAAAUUCCCAGAGCAAACCCUGGGAAGGUGGAAGAGCUGCUGCUGGAAUUUUUGGAGCUUUUCCCGGAUCCAAGGUGCCUCCUGCAGGAUUCCAAAGCUUCCUCCUCUCCCUGGGACGUUGGGAACAGAAAAUCCAGGAGAAUUUGUGGCUCCUUCCCUGAUUUUGGACACAAAUUCCCUCCCUCACCCCUUGGGAUCAGCUGCUGGAAUUCCGUGGGAGUUCUGGAGAAUUCCAGAAUUCUGCUGUGUUUCCAAGGAGCAGCGUUCCUGAAUCCCUGGAAUUUCUCCGUCCUGCUGGAUCUGCCAGGACCUCGGGGGAUGAUCCCUGCCCUGGAAUUCCCGUGGAUUUUAAUGGAAAAAUCCCACCGGCCACAGAAGGUGCUGCAAAUCCUGCUCCUCCUCCAGCUGGGAUUUGGAGGGAAAAAAAUCCCAAUUCUUCCAAAAAUUCCAGGUUCUGGGAGAAACUGAGCUUCAAAAUCCAUGGAAAAAUACCUCAGGGGACUGGCAGAGGGAAAACCUUCCCGAGAGCUGGGCCUGCUCCAGGUUUUCUUCCCAAAAAAUAUAGGAAAAAAGGGAAAAAAGGAAUGGAAUGCAGGGAAUUGGGAAGCUGGGAGUCUCUCCAGGGGAAAUCCAGGGAAAAUCCAGGGAAAUCCAGGGGAAAUCCAGGGGAAUCCAGGGAAAAUCCAGGGAAAAUCCAGGGAAAUCCAGGGGAAAUCCAGGGAAAAUCCAAGGAAAAUCCAGGGAAAAUCCAGGGAAAUCCAGGGGAAAUCCAGGGAAAAUCCAGGGAAAAUCCAGGGAAAUCCAGGGGAAAUCCAGGGGAAAUCCAGGGAAAAUCCAGGGAAAUCCAGGGAAAAUCCAGGGGAAAUCCAGGGGAAAUCCAGGGAAAAUCCAAGGGAAAUCCAGGGAAAAUCCAGGGAAAUCCAGGGAAAAUCCGGGGGAAAUCCAGGGAAAAUCCAGGGAAAAUCCGGGGGAAAUCCAGGGAAAAUCCAGGGAAUAUCCAGGGAAAUCCAGGGAAAUCCAGGGAAAAUCCAGAGGAAUCCAGGGAAAAUCCAGGGGAAAAUCCAGGGGAAAUCCAAGGAAAAUCCAGGGGAAAUCCAGGGGAAAUCCAGGGAAAAUCCAGGGAAAAUCCAGGGAAAUCCAGGGAAAAUCCAGGGGAAAUCCAGGAAAAUCCAGGGAAAAUCCAGGGAAAAUCCAGGGAAAUCCAGAGAAAUCCAGGGAAAUCCAGGGAAAAUCCAGGAAAAUCCAGGGAAAAUCCAGUUUUCUCCAUGGUGUGGUGCCCCCUCCCCGCCGCCCACCUGCUGCCCCACCGGCAUCACCUGAGCCCCCCGGCAUCGCCCCCCCGGAGCCCCCCAGCGCCCACCCUGCGCCUCGCCCAGCCCAGCUGUGGGGUCCAGCUCCCUCCCCGCACCCCUCCGGUGCUUCCCCCUCCUCCUUCCCCACCCCUCCGCCUCAGCCCUGGAUUUGACACCUCGUGGGUGCCCCCCCGGACCCCCCUGAGCCCCCCGAGGCCCGUCCCCGUCCCCGUCCCUGUCCCUGUCCCUGUCCCUGAGUGUCCCACCCUUGUCCCUUUCCGGGCGUUUUUGGCGCUGCUGGUGUCGCAGGAAGUCGUUGUUGACAUCGGGAUUCUCCCGAUGGUGUCACGGGAAACUCGCACUUGGCAGCCGCGGUGUCACAGGCUGGCGUUCCCGGGAAUCGGGGGCCGGUACUGGCUCCUGGCUGUGCCAGCUGGUGCCACUGGUGACCCAGGGCUGGCGCCACCGGUGACCCAGGGCUGGUGGCACAGGUGA